AUGAGCAAUGGUCUACGGAGGGUGAUGGCGGUGCUGGAAGCACUGGGGGGGACGGUCGAGGUGGACGAGGUGCUGGAGGAGGCGAGCAAGCGGUAUGAGGAAGAGUUUGGUCAUGUUGUGCUUCCUUCUCAGCUGACUGGAUGUGGUGGUCGGACAAAGGUGGUCUUUGUUGCUCUGGAUGCUCUGGCGGUGUUGGCUGAUGAGCUCGGUCCUGGUCUGGCGACACUGGAUGAGGUCGCCUUGAGCGACAAGGCCAAGAUCAGGACAGUGGUGGAGAUGGUUGUUCUCUGGGGCAUUGCUGUUCAUCUCUUGCCAGGGGUGGGAAUGCCGCCUCAAGCGCGGUCAUCGGCUUUGGCUUCGCUCGCCAACGCGCCGUCGUUCUCGAGAAGCUCACUCGCUGUCGUCACAUACUCUCCCAGCGAGCUGUUUGUCGUGCUGGAGCGAUUGGUCGGCCUCGGUGGCUUUGGCUCAGAUGCCAUGCCCGAGCUAACGGUGGAGAACACCAACGAGAUUCUCAUCUCACUCCUUGCGCAGCACGCGGUUGAUCUGGUCGCCGGCUACCUGCAGCUUGCGCACGCACCGGCGGCGGCGUCGGCGGCGUUGGCAGCGUCAGCAACGGCGACGGCGUCAUUUACUUCGCCGGGUGCUAUCGGCGCAGCAGCGGUGGCGGCAGCAGCAGCGGCGACUCCUGACACCGCACUGAGCGUGCAGGAUGCGGCGCGUGCAGAGGCACGGGCGCACUGGCUGUUGGCGUCUGUCCAGCCGGACGUGGCGCUCGAGGUGGGGAUGAUCCUCCUCGGGUCGCGGAUGCGGCGGUCGCCGCGGUGGCUGGUUCCGAUUGCGCGGCGGGUGCUGAGUGAUGCGUUGCUUGCCCGCGGCGGGGUCCACGCGCUCCUUUGCCAGAUGCUCGACCGCGGCGACGAGUCCGACUACGACGCGGCGACAGUGGGCCGAGCGGUGCGACACCUUAGCCGCGUGCCAUCGACUGUGCCGCGAGCGACGUAUCUGGCGCGGGUCGGGGUCCAGCUGCUGGGCAUUCUGGCGUCGGCAGUGGCAUCAGCCCGUGACGGCAAGAUUGAGUCGCCGGCGGUGACCCGCGCCGCGGUGCUGACGGUCCACAUGCUGCUUGCAGCGCACCCGGUGGCGAUGAAGGAACAUUUUCUCCGCCCACUCUUUGCACCUUUCUUCCCGCUCUUUGCAGCGCCUGACGAAGCCGAGUCGCUGCUUGCGGUCCCGUGCGAGGCCGAGGCGUACGGAAGCGAGCCUCCUGAAGCCGGAGAUGGGCUUCAGGUCGACGAUGCGGUGCGCGAGGUGGUGCCGGCGUGGCGGGUGGCGCAUCUUGUGGGGAUUCUGCACCUGGUGACAGCCUCGGCCACACCACUGCCGGCACGCGCGGCGGAGGCGCUGGCCUUUGGCGUCCCGCUUGUCUUUGCGCUGCUGGUGACGGCGACGGCGACCAAAUCGUUCAUGCGGGCGCGGAUUGUGUCAACACUCGCUGGGCUGGCGCGUUGCAACGAAGCGACGGUCUCGGACGCGUUUCUUCAGCUCAUUACUGCGCCAAACGUGCCGGGCCUCUCUGCGCAGGUGGGGCGGACGGUGUCCUGGUUUGCGCCGGCUGACGGCGGGGCGCUCGAGGUGCGGGCGCUCUCCUUGGACACGCCGGGUCUUUCGUUUGAGAGGUUUGCCGAGCUUGUGCCUGCGCGGUCGAUCGAGGGUGAGGCGCAGGUGCUGCUAGACCUGCUCAAGGUGCUGCCGCGCGACUGCGGACUGCCAUCUGCGUUGUUUUUCGGCCUCCUCGACGCGUUUGCUGGCGUGCGGGCGGAGCAGACGACCGAGGCAGGUGCCCGCGACGCCGCCAUUGCAGCGCAGCUGGAGGCUGAGCUGGAGGCCAAGCUGGAGGCGGCGUCGCAAUCAAGGGUGCGGGUGCGGGCAGAAGAGGCGCCUGCACCAAGUGUGGGCCAGAUGGAGGCAGCCGCGAGGGCAGAGCUGCUCCGCGAGCAGCGGAUGCGGGUCCUGCACAUGCUCGCGGUGCUGGCAGACGAGCUGCCGAUUGCAGCACUCAUCGGGUCGGAUGUGGACAAGAUGCUCCGGCUUGCGCUGGCACUGCUCAAGUCCGAGGCGGAGGAAACGCUUGGGCUUGUGCUGCAGCUUGUCGAGUAUGUGGUGACCGGGCGGGUGGCUAUGACGUCGCAGGCGGAGGCAGUGACGCUGGAAGCGCUUGCUCCCGAGCUGGAGCGCCUAAGCAAGGCGAGCGGGGUGGUGGCGGCGAUCCGCGAGUCUGCGACUCGGCUGCGGGUGCUCAUUGUGUCGCGCGAUCCCGCGUGGGCGAGGACAGCUACCGCAGGCAGCAGCGAGGGCGAGGUGGACGAGCAAGGCGUUGGCGGACGAGGCCGUGUGAGCGCGCGGCUGCGGGAUGCGCUCAAGGCGCUGAGCGAUCCACUGCUCCCUGUCCGAGCGGCCGGACUUGUCCAGCUCCGCAAGAUUGUGCAGGGUGGGCUGUCAGCAGGCCAUCUGGGCGAGGUGAAACGGAUCUUCGAGUCGCAGCUAAGCGACGAUGACUCGUUUGUGUUUAUGGCAGCUGUGGAGGGCCUUGCGGCGGUGGUGGACGCGGCGCCGUCGCUGUUCCUCGACGAUCUCAUCCGAGCGUACGGCUCGGCGAGCCAGAGUGAGCAGCACCGGCUGAAGCUGGGCGAGGCGCUGCUGCGGGUGGCACUGAUGGCGGGCGACCUGCUUCCGGAGCAUGCACCGCGAAUGGUGCGUGCGUUUCUGGCGCAAGCCGGCGAUGAGAACGAGCAGGUUCGCGCGUCGGCGCUGUCGAAUCUCGCGACGCUCGCAGGGGCUUCGCCGGUGCCUGCGGCGGUGCGGCGGUGCCUGGAAGAGCUUGUGGUCGGCGUGUCUGCGCUCUUGCUCCGCGACGAGAGCACAAGCGUUCGGCGGGCGGCGGCGUUUGUCAGCGUGCUGCUGAUUGAGGGCCUGGGGUUGGAGGCGACGCAAGUCGGCAGCGUGAUGCGCGACGUGCGGCACGCGCUCACGGUGGCUGCGCGCGACGAUGCCGACGAGGUUGUUCGCGGGCAUGCCGAGCGGGGGUUGGAGCGGCUGCGAAGCGUGGUGCGCGAGGCCGUGGUGGGGAGCAGGAGCAGUGGGCGGCAGCACUUUCUGGAGAUUCUGUAAAAGGAUGAUGACAUGUG